AGGGGGACAAGUGGGAUAAUGCGGUGUAGAUUUUGUAAGAUCUUUCAGUAUCUCUUCAUCAGUCUCUAAAGUAGAUUUCUUCCUUUACUAUAUAUCCUCCCCACAUGACCCAACUCAACUAAUUGAAAUCUCCUUUAUUCCCUUCUACUUCUAUUCGAUUUUCUUGAAACAGAAAUACAGAGGACCAUUUUUGGAAACAGAGUAUUAAAAAGACCCCAUUUUUGGUAAUAUGGAAAUGGCACAAGAGUUGCAUGUUCUUGCUGUUGAUGAUAGUCAUGUUGAUAGGAAAGUUAUUGAGAGAUUAUUAAAGAUCUCUUGCUGUAAAGUUACAGCAGUGGAAAGUGGAACGAGGGCUUUGCAGUAUUUGGGGUUAGAUGGAGAGAAGAGUUCUAUGGGGAUUGAUGGUUUGAAGGUAAAUCUAAUACUGACGGACUAUUCUAUGCCUGGGAUGACUGGCUAUGAACUUCUCAAAAAAAUCAAGGAAUCAUCGGUGUUGAGCAAGAUCCCCGUUGUUAUCAUGUCAUCGGAGAAGAUUUUGCCUCGCAUUGAUAGAUGUUUGGAGGAAGGUGCUGAAGAAUUUCUCCUGAAGCCUGUUAAGCUGUCUGAUGUUAAACGUCUCCGAGACUUCAUUCUGAGGGGCGAGGGGGAUGACAACAAAGAAACGGAGAAGAAUAUCGAACAAGUAUGUUCUAGAAAACGAAAACUUCAAGACGAUCCAACGACACAAUCAAUACCAUCCCCUGUAGUUACAGCCCAUGACAUUGAGUCAUCACCAGAAUCUCAACAGCCUUUGUCAAAGCAAUCCAAGAUUGGAUAGCACAGGGAUAGAUAGAAGAUAUGACAGAUACCAUAAAUAGCUGCUGCUGUUGUUACCAUUUUGCUAGCAUCUUUCUUUUGUGUGUAUACCCUUACAGUUGUACAUGUUUAGCUCACCAUUUUGGAUCCUUUUAUGAGCUCUGUAGAAAUAGAUUAGAAAUCCAAAUGAUUUCUUGUUUUCUUUUUUUGUAACCAACGGGGAUAUUGACAUUUUAGCGCUAUGACAUUGCCUUCUUAGCAACCAAAUCUUUUUAUGUAUGCAUUUUGUUUGUUUUGUUA